AUGACGAUAUUUGUGUGGCUGCUUCUUAAGGAUAAUCUGACGAAGAGAAAGGAUAAUCUAAUAGUAAGUACAAGUUCGACCCAGGUUCGACCCUGUAAUAACCAAAAAAAUAGGAUUUGGGGAUUUUGCGUCAGAGCCCCUAAAACCCCAACACUUCGAUCCCAUGGAGACCGAUGCGGCGCCCACGCGAGAGGAGGCGCCGCCGAACCCACCUCCUCCUUGGAGAAGCGAAAGAGGGAAGAGGAGGAGGAGGAGGAGGAGGAGGAGGAGGAGGGAGAAGAGGAUGCGGAGACAACGAAGAGGAAGAACCCCUUGUGGAAGACGAGCUUGUGCUCGUACUACCGGCGCCGGAACCCCAGCGGCGGCGGCGGCGGCGGCGGUGGCCGCGGAUGUAGCCACGGCGACGCGUGCCGCUACGCGCACAGCGAGGCCGAGCUCCGUCCCCGCCCCGACAACACCUGGGAUCCCACCUCCCUCCGCGCCAAGACUGAUGAGGAGAAAGGCGAGGAGGCGCCGACGGUGGACGAGGCGUCGCUCGACAAGUGCCUCAUCGGCCUCCCGAGGAAGUGGAACUCCGAGGGGUUGAAGAGGUUCCUUGAUGAUCAGGGAAUUUCGUAUAAGACAAUGAAAAAGAAGAAGGGAAUGUCUGUUGGUUUUGUGACCUUUGAGAAUACUGAACAGCUCAAAAGCACUAUUGAGAUUUUGAAUGAGAAGUCCAAUGGUGGAAAGGAAAUAAAGGUUGCAGAUGCCAUCCGUAAAUCUCAUCAAAACAAAGGGCAGCAUGCUGAUAAUCAGUCGGGAAGUGACAAUGAAGAAACUUCUGCCGUGGAAGGUUUGUCUUCGAGAACAAAAAGUGCCCGUGAUGUGGUCACUCCACUUGCUCAUAUGCCCUACAGUGAUCAGUUGGAGCACAAAAAGAAUUCGUUGCUCCAAAUCCUAAAGCGACUGACUCGGAAUGCUCGGAAGGCUUGUCCAGAUGGUGUUCCACUUCCGGAUUGGAUUAUUAAAUCUAGGGAGAUAGGUGGCCUUCCAUGCAAGCUUGAAGGCAUACUAGAGUCACCGGUGAUAAACGGAUACCGCAACAAAUGUGAGUUUUCUGUGGGUUAUUCAUUAGAGGGCAAACGAACAGUGGGGUUUAUGCUUGGAAAUUUCAGGGAGGGUAUGACAGCAAUCGAGGAACCUGUGAACUGCCCAAAUGUGUCUAGAGUUUCCUCAAAGUAUGCUUCAAUCUUUCAAGAUUUCCUGCAGUCCUCCGCCUUACCUGUGUGGAGCAGAACCGAUAACACUGGUUUUUGGCGUCAAUUUACGGUCCGAGAGGGAAGGGUUCCUGGUCAACUUGCUACUGCUGAAAAUGCCGAGAUCCAAAUAGCAGAAGUCAUGCUUAUCAUUCAGGUCUGUUCCACGGAAGUUGAUGAAGAUGUGAUGAAAAAUGAAUUUGCCAAGUUGUCCAUGGCUCUUGUACACGGAGCAGCUGCAUCAGCUCCUCCACUACCUCUAACAACCAUAAUUGUGCAGGAUCACAAAGGAAUAUCAAAUGCCGCACCAGCUGAUUGUCCGUUGAUUCCACUACUGGUGCCAAAAAUGGAAGGACAAGCUAGUUCAGAAAAGCUUGAUAUCGCUGAAGGAAGGAUUCAUGAUUACAUAAGCAAUCUCCGCUUCUCUAUAUCACCAACAGCAUUCUUUCAAGUUAAUACUCUUGCUGCAGAAAGGUUGUAUAGCCUUGCUGGUGAUUGGGCUGACCUGAGUCCGGAUACAUUGCUCUUUGACAUAUGUUGUGGGACAGGAGCUAUUGGCCUUACUUUAGCACACCGUGUUGGAAUGGUUGUUGGCAUUGAAAUGAAUGAAUCAGCGGUAUCAGAUGCAAAGAGAAAUGCAGUGAUUAAUGGCAUAAAAAAUUGUAGGUUUGUGUCUGGAAAGGCAGAGGAUGUGAUGGGGUCUCUGCUCAAAGAGUAUCUUGGAGCACCUCAGCAGGAUAGCAUAGUUUCUAAUGAUGUCUCAGAAACUGAUACCAUAGAGAAAGACAACAAUGCCACAGAGAACAGUGGUGAGGAUGUGCCAGCAAGUUUGGAGGAUAAGAACGACCAAAAAAUGGAAGACAGCACUGAAGAAAGUCAUGGGAAUAUUGAAAAAGAUGAUGAAAAUAAUGAUGGAAUCUUGAGAAGUUGCACUAAUGGGCUCGGCAACACCAUUCAGGAGAACACUUCAGAGCGCAACAAUGUUUCCGAAGAGAAAGGAGUGGCAGAUGUUUCUUCUGUGCGCCAGUUCAAGAAAGUUGUUGCUAUCGUUGAUCCUCCACGAGUUGGACUUCACCCUGUGGUGAUCAAAGCUCUUAGGACUCAUCCACGUAUUCGGCGACUUGUGUAUAUUUCGUGCAAUCCGGAGAGCUUGGUGGCGAACGCAAUCGAGCUUUGCACGCCAACUGCCGACAGACCGGAGAAGAAGAAAGGCAAUAGAGGGUGGCGGAACAUGAGCAGUGCCGGUCUCGCUAGGUACCGUACAAAAUCCAUGCCUAAUUCCGAGCCAUUCCAGCCUGUUAGGGCGAUGGCCGUCGAUUUGUUCCCUCACACUCCUCACUGCGAGAUGGUCAUGCUUCUUGAGAGGUAAAACUGCGGCUUUUUUCUUGUUUCCUAAGAGUUAUUCCUCCGUCCUUGCUAGUUGAUCUGUUUCGAGAAUAGAUAUACGUAAAAUUUAUUUAUUCCGAGUCACGAAUAACUCAAAUGAUUCUCCGAUUUAUGAAUUAGAGCAGUAAGGCACAGAU